AUGGCGUCCAAACUUCACAGUCUCUUCGACAUUCAACCUGUUUCCGUGACCAACCCGGAACCGACAUACCAGAAGAGCAAGGGCAAAGCACCUCAAACGCUCGGCGAUGUAGGUGUACUACCGGACGUCGAACUCGUGGAUUUUGCUUCUCGCAAAACAGGCGAUAGCCGACAAGCAUCGUAUGCAGAGCAUGAAUUGCCCAAGGGCGCGCAGACCCCGAAAACCCCCAAUGAACUCGAGAUGAGUCGUCCGGCCACACCGAAUCGAGAGGAUGCAGUCGGUACUAUCAGGACCUGGAACGCUCAACCGAUGACCAAAUGGAGAAUCCUUUGCUGUUGCUUGAUCUACUUUUCAAACGGAAUCAACGACUCAGUCGUCGGUGCUUUGAUUCCGUACAUGGAGUCGUACUACCACAUCUCGUACUCCAUCAUGUCUCUGGUCUUCGUUGGCAACGCCAUCGGUUUCAUCUCUGCCGCCUUCUUCACGAACACCAUCCUAGGCAAGUUCGGAAGGGCAAAGACUCUGAUCAUAGCAGAAUUGAUACAGUUGUCCGCAUACGUUAUCCUUGUUUGCACCCCUCCGUAUCCUUUGGUCGUUGUAUCUUUCUUUCUCUUGGGAUUCGGUGCAGCCAUCAACCUGGCCCUCAACAACGUCUAUUGUGCGAACACUCAUCCACCUUCCGUCAUUCUUGGCCUCUCGCAUGGUAGUUAUGGCGUCGGUGGAAUAGUUGCACCCAUUAUCGGAACAGCAAUCGUCUCACAAGGAAUUUUGUGGUCGCGCUUCUACUUCCUUACCGUCGGACUGCGACUUUGCUGCAUCGCUUUCGCAGCAUGGUCUUUCUGGUCAUACACGGAAGACUCUGAGGAAACUCUCUUGGAGACCACGACCAGUAGGCAAACUGCUGCGGAAGAUGCCGCCUCCAAGAUGAAGAACCUUAAGCUCGCUCUGAAGAACAAAGUCACCAUCUUCGGCGCCUUGUUCAUCUUUGCAUACCAAGGAGCCGAAGUGAGCAUUUCAGGCUGGUUCAUCUCAUACCUCAUCAACUACCGUAAUGGCGACCCUGCAAAGGUCGGAUAUGUCACAGCAGGCUUUUGGGGAGGCAUCACGCUUGGCCGUUUUGUACUCACUCACGCUGCGCCCAGAAUAGGCGAGAAGAGAUUUGUCGUCAUCCUCACUCUCGGCACCAUAGCUCUUCAACUUCUGGCAUGGUUGACACCAAAUUUGAUCGGAAAUGCAGUCGCUGUCUGCUUGUUGGGCUUGUUGUUGGGCCCCGUCUACCCGUGUGCGCAGACCAUCUUCUCGCGCCUCAUGCCUCGUCAUAUUCAGACCACCGCAAUCGGAUUCAUUGGCGGAGCAGGAAGCUCAGGUGGUGCGGUUGCGCCCUUCACAACUGGUGUUCUCGCGCAGGCUUCCGGUACUUGGGUACUGCACCCCGUUGCACUUGGCAUGUACGCUGUUAUGCUUGCUUGCUGGUUCGCGCUACCCAAGGUGCGCAAGCGGACUGAUUAG